AUGCGUUCAAGAGCCCGUGGCAGCAGCAGCGGCGGUGAGGGGGGGGAUCGCGCGGUGGGGUUUUUAGAGGCGUGGCGGAUUCCUGGCGUGGCGCCGUUUGCUCUCUGCCUGUUCUUUGCCAAGCUGGUCGCCUACACGUUCCUCUACUGGCUGCCAUUCUUCAUCAGCCGAACGGAGCAUACAGGGGAAGGGGAGGAGUUUGCCCUCUGCCUGUUCUUCGCCAAGCUGGUGGCAUACACGUUCCUCUACUGGCUGCCUUGUUUCAUCAGCCGCACGGAAAUCGAGGGUCGGUACCUCUCUGACGCGCAAUCCGGCAUCAUGUCUACAGUCUUCGACGUGGGCGGCGUGGUGGGCGGCAUUCUCGCCGGCCAUCUCGCCGACCAAACCGCCGCCCGCGCCACCGUUUCGGCAUCUUUCCUCCUCCUCGCCGCCCCGGCUCUAGCUGCCUAUUUCCUCCUAGGAGGCGUCUCCCUGUGGGUGAAUAUCCUCCUUUUAAGCCUCUCCGGUGUGCUGGUUAACGGCCCUUACGCGCUCAUCACUUGCGCAGUGUCUGCCGAUCUUGGGCAGCAUAAAAGUUUGCAAGGGAAUGCCCGAGCGUUGGCUACAGUAACUGCGAUCAUUGACGGGACGGGAUCAGUUGGAGCAGCAUUGGGGCCGUUUAUAACAGGGUUUAUAUCGCAAUUAGGAGGAGGAGGAGGAGGAGGAGGAGGAGGGAUAGGAGGAGGGGGGUUGAGUGGGUGGGGUGCUGUUUUUGUGAUGCUUGGAGUGUCUCUAGUAGCGGCUGUAUUGUGUAUUGGAGGGUUGGUUGUGGAGGAGGUUAGGGGGAUGGUGGAGGGGAGACGAGGGUCGGCGGCAGGGCGGCAAGCCAAGCCCAUAACCGCGGAGCCAAUCACAGUGGACGUUUUCCCCGCGGUGUUUCUCGAGCGCGAUUACGAGUUCAUGGGGGAAAUCGGCAGCGGGCAGUACGGCAAGGUCUGGAAGUGCCGCUCGCGCCUCACCGGCCGGCAGUUCGCCUGCAAACAGGUCAAGAAGCGGCCGGCAAGGGCGGCACGGUCGGCACAGUCGGGACGGGGACAGCAAGGGCGGAAGGACUCUGCGCAGCGGAAAACGCGGGAGAGAAACGGCGGGAUGGCCGGCGCGGACGGCGCAGCGGGUUCAGGAGAUGACGUGGACCCGAUUGAGCGUGAAAUUGCGGCGCUGACUCAUUUGGAGGGUUGCGACGGCGUCACGUCGCUACACGGCGUGUUUGAGGACGCCACGUCGGUUUUCCUCGUUAUGGACUUGUGCGAUAGUGGCGACUUGUUCUCGCUUAUCGCGGACACGGACGGAGUUCCCGAGGACGAAUCACGUCAGCUGUUUGCUGACGUGGCGCGCGCGGUGAAAGAAUGCCAUGACAGGGGCGUGUUGCAUCGAGACAUAAAACCCGACAACGUACUCCUUUCUUUACGCAACACAACUACUACGCCUGAUAUGGGUAGCAGUCCGAGUAACCCCCAGAUUGCGGGGUUGGACUACAACUACCCCUCACCUACGAGUAACACUUCUUGGACCUCCGCCGCGCCUUUAUUUCACGGUUUCCGCGCCACGACUGCGUUUCCGUCACCGUCGCCGAGCCGCCGGCGCUACGACGUGAAGCUAGCGGAUUUCGGCCUGUCGGUGAUUCUAAUGGGGGGCGGGCGCGUGCGCGGGUACGCGGGGAGUUUCCCGUACGAAGCGCCAGAGGUGGUUGGGUUGAGAGAGUACAGUUUCGCAGCGGAUAUCUGGAGCAUGGGCGUGCUUUUGUACGCGUUAUUGUCUGCGAACUGGCCCGAGUUCAAGAACAGGCAGGCGCUUAACGAGGAGACGGACUGGACUGGCGCGUCGUGGGAUCAAGUGUCGGAGGACGCAAAGGAUCUUAUCCGUCGAUUGCUGACGGUGGAUCAAGAUCGACGGCCCACGAUCGAUGAGGUGCUGAGGCACCCGUGGCUGGCGCAGGCGACCCGCGUUGAUCGUACCGAAAGCGUUGACUCCGCUGACUGCGUUGACCGCGAGAAGGGGACAAAAUUGAAACAAAAUCCGUCGCUUCUGCCGCCGCUCCUCAUCCCCUCGCAAUCGCUCGAUUCUCGCGAGUCUACCUCCCUCGAGUCGGCUUCGUCCAUUCCGUCGGAAGCUUCCUUCCUCUCCGCGCUUGCCGCCACGCCUGCUUCUCUCCCCACGCCAACAGCUACUUUUACUGCCACCAGCACGACGUAUCAUGCGGCGAGUGAAAGGAGCAACGCGAUCGGCGCGGUAUCGGGGGGGAUCCGCAGUAACUGCGCCAGCCGCGGAAGCAGCGCUUCGGAGACCCUCCCCGUCAGUGACAAUAGCGGGGUGUGGGAUGGGCCUGAGGCGCCGUGUGACUCUAUGGAGGGGUGCGGACUGAAAGGGCGUAACCCUAAAUGUCACCCUAAAAGGCCGCAUCAAAGGCUGAGAAAAGGAGGAUCUGCGGAAAAUUCAGUCGACGGCGGCAUGACGCGUGGACCAAUCGCAACCGAGGAAGAACGGAGGUGCAUGUCGGAGCCAAGCGGCGGGAGUCACGGAGGACAAGAGGAGAAGGACGGUACUAGCAGCGGAAGCGCCAGGAGGGGAAGCGCAACCGGCGCAAGCGCAAGUGAACCCCGUAACAAGGAUAACUAUGCAAGAGCAGGUUCCCCGUUAGCGCGACGCGGGUCCAUCAAAGAGUACGCGGCGCAGGUGGUGUCUAGCCUAAGAUGGCAGCCUGGCUGCUUCUAUUCGACCGCUGAAGCCGUGGCUCCCGAGGCGGCCUGCGACGACACCGACGCUUCUUCCGCCGCAACUACCGCCGCAACUUCCGUCACUUCUGCCGUCGUGCCUCCUGCUACCGACAUCGGAGCCUCUAAAAGUGGAACCGCGGAAACCCAAAGCCAAUCUCCGAAGGGUAAAGAGUCGGCGGAUAUGGAUAUUCUACGAGCAAUGGAGGUCCAUCUAUCCGCGUUCUUUAUGACGAAGCAGUUUAGUAAAAAGUGUGCUUGA